AUGGCUUCCAUCUUGACUGCUGGAGAGGCUGUCGCACGCAUUGCAUACCUGGCCAGCGACGUCGUCGUCUCUGUCCAGCCUUCUCUCGCCUCCGACUCUGAGUUCUCCAACUUCUUCAUCACCUACCAACAGAACAAGGCUUCAGGACUGGUCUCAACAUCUCCCGAGGUUGUUCCUGUUAAGCACAAUGCAGACCCUCUGCUCUCAGCAUUCCAACCGCUUCGCUCGGGCAAGCUCGUCUCGGUGACAACUUCGUCUUCGAUCCUGGUCCGCUCCGUUCCUCACCUCUACAAGCUCGCACAAUAUCCCGUAGUCUUGCACGUUGCACUUCAACCAGCGGGCUACCCUGAUUACUCGGACAUCACCUCGAUCAGACAGUCUGGUUUUACUUUCCUUCAGUCUGAGUCAUUGCAGGAGGCACAAGAUCUCGCCGUGACUGCACAUGCUCUGGCUAUCAAGUCUGGAAAGGGUGUUAUCCACUUCUUCGACUCCGCCAAUCUCGCCAAUGACAACCCUAUCAACCAGGAAGACAGAGAGCUAGUCAGAAAGAUUCUCAAGGUUGAACAAUACACUGCAGCGAGCUCCACCGAGUCUGGUCUUUACGCAGAUGAUGGAAAGGUCGCCACCCGUACCACCGCUGGUGCUGUCCCCGGUGUCAAUGGCUCAGCUACCCCUGAGCGUAUUGCAGCUUCGGCCGACAAGCCUGCCUCUGCCCCGGUAAGCGAUCGUGAAUCGUCCAGCGGCUCAAGCUCCGACGGUCGCAACGGCAGCAGCGACAGCGCAUCUGUUAUCUCUUCCAAUGCGACUUCGGUCGAAUCUGUUUCGAGCAGACCUGUCACUUCAGAGGAUAUCGACGUCUUCACCACUCAGAUCUGGUCCGAGUUAUUCGAGGCUACCGGCAGAAGAUACAAGGCUUUCGAGUACUCCGGCCCUGAAGACGCCGAGUCAGCCGUCUUCUUGUUCGGAUCCGACACUGCUCUUUUCGCUCAAGAAGUCGACAAGGCCAGUUCCUCUGACGAGUUUUACGGUGCUGGUAUCAUCACUGCUCGCCUCUACAGACCUUGGUUGGGCGCAAAGCUCCUUCAGACUCUCCCUAAGAGCUUGAAGAGGAUCGCCGUUUUAGAGCAGAUCCGUCGCAAGACUACUCGUUGGGGUCCCCUCCUUCUAGACCUUCUUGUCUCUAUCAAAUCCGCUGGAAACGCCGGUCCUUUGGUUGUUGGCCACCAGCUUGGUUACAUUGAGCCUUCCACAAUUCGUCAAGCACUGAAGGGCAUUUUCCAGAACUUGUCCUCUCCUUCGCCUAUCCAGAACCUUGAAAUUGGAAACCACGAGGGCCCCAAGAAUGCUGAGCAGCAAUUCGAGUUGGAGCAACCUAAGGUUGAGAACGCCUACAUGAAGAUCCUUGAUCAGCUGUUUGGAAACCGUCUCUACGUCGCCAACAGACUUGGAGCUGAUGAUGCAGGUGUUUCGAAUGAGAUCAGCGCAACUCCUGAGUACGGUUUUGGUUCCCUUGUCGCACGCUCCGAGCACAGAGAACGCUUCAUUUCCGAGGUGCAGACUGCUGCCAAGUCUGGUGACUUUGCAACUGAUGCCCCUAAGCAACAACUCUCUCAAUGGCUUCUUGAGGCUCAGCAGGCCUCCAAGGCAAACAGCCUUGCCCCUGAGGUCAUCUCUAGCCUGGAUAGCGACAAGUCUGCCCUGGCUACCGAGCUUCUUUCCAACCAGGGACUGUUCUUCAAGGAAUCGCAAUGGCUUAUUGGUUCAGACGCAUGGGCUUACGACUUGGGUAAUUCGGGUGUUCACCACGUUCUCGCAUCCGACAAGAAUGUCAACAUGCUCAUCAUUGACUCGCAGCCCUACUCGGAAAGAGCUGCCGCUGACGCUUCAAGAAGAAAGAAGGAUAUCGGUCUUUACGCUAUGAACUUUGGUAAUGCCUACGUCGCCUCUGUCGCUGUCUACAGCUCUUACACUCAGGUGCUGCAAUCCAUGCUUGAGGCCGAGCAGUUCAACGGCCCCUCGGUCGUUGUUGCUUACCUCCCUUACAGCAAGGAAACCGACUCGCCAUUGUCUGUUCUCCAGGAGACUAAGAAGGCCGUUGACAUUGGUUACUGGCCUCUUUACAGAUGGAAUCCUCGUGCCGAGGAGAACGGCGAGGAGAACUUCCAGCUGGAUUCUGAACGCAUUAGACAAGAGCUCAAGGAGUUCCUUAAGAGGGACAACUACCUUACUCAGUUGAUGAAGAGACACCCUCAGUUCAGCGCAAACCUUUCGCAGUCCUAUGGAUCUGAGGUUCGUCAAAUUCAGAAGCGCAAGGCCAAGGAUGCCUACAGUAGUCUCCUUGAAGGCUUGCAGGGCGCCCCACUGACUAUCUUGUUCGCUUCCGACAACGGCAACUCGGAGAACCUGGCUAAGCGUUUGGGCAACCGUGGUAAGGCUAGAGGCUUGAAGACUAUGGUUAUGGCCAUGGACGAUUAUCCUCUGGAAGAUCUUUCCACUGAAGAGAACGUCGUCAUGAUUAGCAGUGUUGCUGGUCAGGGUGAGUUCCCUCAGAAUGGCAGAAACUUCUGGGAGGGUGUCAAGAACUCUACCGACUUGGAUCUCGCCAGCGUCAACUUCUCCGUCUUUGGUCUUGGUGACAGCCACUACUGGCCUAGAAAGGAAGACAAGAUUUACUACAACAAGCCCGCAAAGGACCUUUACGCCAGAGUGCUCACCCUUGGUGGCAAGUCUCUUGUCGACUGUGGUCUUGGUGAUGACCAAGAUCCAGAUGGUUACCAGACUGCCUACAAUGAGUGGGAGCCUAAGCUCUGGGAUGCCCUGGGCGUUGGUAACGUUGAAGGUCUUCCUGAUGAGCCCCCACCGGUCACCAACGAGGAUAUCAAGAUUGCCUCCAACUUCCUUCGUGGAACCAUUGCUGAGGGUCUCUUGGACCAGUCCACUGGAGCUAUCUCCGCUGCUGACCAACAGCUUACCAAGUUCCACGGUACUUACAUGCAGGAUGACCGUGAUAUCAGAGACGAGCGCAAGGCCCAGGGCCUCGAGCCUGCCUACUCUUUCAUGAUCCGUUGCCGUUUGCCCGGUGGUGUUGCUACGGCAGACCAGUGGGUCCAAAUGGACGCUAUUGCUUCGACUUUGGGCAACGAGACCAUGAAGUUGACUACUCGUCAAACCUUCCAGUUCCAUGGUGUGAUCAAGAGCAAGCUGAAGCCCGCCAUGCAGGCUAUCAACAAGGCCCUCAUGACCACCAUCGCUGCUUGUGGUGAUGUCAACCGUAACGUCAUGUGCAGCAGUUUGCCAGAGCACUCUGAGUACCACGCCGAGGUUCAUGCCUGCUCCAAGCUGAUCAGCGACCACCUCUUGCCUUCGACCACUGCUUACCACGAGAUCUGGCUCAAGGACGAAAACGACAACAAGACUCAGGUUGCUGGAGAUGCUGUUCAGGAUCACGAGCCUUUGUAUGGGCCUACCUACUUGCCCCGCAAGUUUAAGAUCACUAUCGCUAUUCCUCCUCACAACGACACUGACGUCUACGCUCACGAUAUCGGUCUCAUCGCUAUCAAGGGCGAGGACGGACAUCUCGCUGGAUUCAACCUGCUUGCUGGUGGUGGUAUGGGUACUACUCACAACAACAAGAAGACUUACCCACGCACUGGCAGUCUUCUUGGCUACGUUUCCAAGGACAAGGUCCACAUUGCUUGUGAGAAGGUCAUGCUCGUUCAACGUGACAACGGUGAUCGCAAGAACCGCAAGCACGCUCGUCUGAAGUACACCAUGGACGACAUGGGCGUUGAUGUCUUCAAGGCAGAGGUUGAGAAGUAUUGGGGUGAGAAGUUCGAGGAGGGUCGUCCAUUCCACUUCAAGAGCAACAUCGACACCUUUGGCUGGCAAAAGGAUGAGAACGGCAAGAACCAUUUCACCAUGUUCAUCGAGAACGGACGUAUCGAGGAUACAGCCGACUUCCCUAUGAAGACUGGUCUGCUGGAGAUUGCCAAGGCUCACAAGGGAGAGUUCCGCCUCACCGGUAACCAGCAUCUCAUCCUUUCCAACGUUACUGAUGAGGAGUUGCCCAAGAUGAAGGAGAUGUUGGCCAAGUACAAGCUGGACAACACCAACUUUAGUGGACUUCGUCUCAGCAGUAGUGCUUGUGUGGCCUUCCCUACUUGUGGUCUCGCCAUGGCAGAGUCCGAACGCUACCUGCCAGAGCUCGUCACCAAGCUUGAAGGUGUGCUUGAAGAGAACGGUCUUCGUCAGGACAGCAUUGUGAUGCGUAUGACUGGAUGUCCCAACGGUUGUGCCCGUCCUUGGCUUGCCGAGGUAGCAUUCGUUGGCAAGGCUUACGGUGCAUACAACAUGUACCUUGGUGGUGGAUACCACGGCCAGCGUCUCAACAAGCUCUUCCGCAGCUCCAUCAUGGAGGAGGAAAUCCUCAGCAUCAUGAAGCCGCUGCUCAAGCGCUACGCAACCGAAAGAAACGAUGGCGAGCAAUUCGGAGACUUCUGCAUCCGCAUUGGCAUGAUCAAGCCCACGACCGAGGGCAAGUUCUUCCACCACGACACGGCCGAGGUUGAAUCGGACGAAGAGUAG